AAGAAUUCUUCAUACACACAUUCCGGUUUGAUCAGCCUUGACUUUUUUGAGAUUCGACAGAUACACUCAUUCAUGGACUACAUAAAGGGAGGAACCCAACUACACUGCUCCAUAGCAAUUGACUUUACAGGUUCAAAUGGCAACCCUACCUCACCGCAGUCUCUACACUACAUAAGCACAGCUCCAAAUGCUUAUGAGCAGGCUAUCCAAGCUGUUGGGGGUAUCAUCCAGGAUUAUGAUUCAGACAAGCUGUUCCCUGUGCUUGGGUUUGGAGCUAAACUCCCACCAGAUGGGAGGGUGUCACAUGAGUUCUUUGUCAAUAUGAAUCCAACUAACCCAUAUUGCAGUGGCAUUGCAGGAGUGCUAGAAGCUUACCGGAACUGCAUCCAUCAGGUACAACUCUAUGGACCCACCAACUUCUCUCCUGUUAUAAACCAUGUCUCUCGGUUUGCCAGCACAUACAGAGAUGGUUCAAGUUACUUCAUUCUCCUCAUCCUCACAGAUGGCAUCAUCACUGACAUGCCACAGACUAUACAGGCUAUAGUGUCAGCCUCUGUGCUCCCCAUGUCCAUCAUCAUUGUGGGGAUUGGAACUGCUGACUUUACUGCUAUGGAAGUGCUGGAUGCAGACACAGUACCUUUGAAAGCAGGUGGUGUGCAUGCCAGCCGCGACAUUGUGCAAUUUGUUCCAUUCAACAGAUUUGUAACCAUGGGAGAUCCUUCCAUGGCUAGAAUCAGGUUAGCCCGAGAGGUGCUGGCAGAAAUACCCACUCAGUUCACUGGCUACAUGAAAGCAAACAACAUUGCACCCAGACCUCCACAAGAGAAUGUAUCUGUCCUUCCACCUGAUCCUAUGUUCGCUCAUACAACAAUUUAAAUUACACCUGCCUGAUGUUACGUGGUUCAGUUCGACAACAUGAACAGAAUGCACCUGGCCUAUUGGUUAGUCAGUGUUAUAUAAGCAAAUCUAAAUUAGUGAAUAAGUUUGCCUGUCUUUAAAGAAAUUAUAUUUGUUCACUGCAAGGUGCAGUAGCAGGCAUAGUACUUUGCUAUCAAAUGAUUCAACCAAGAGUUAAUUUUUUUAUAUGAGCCUGUGAGCCUGCACAUGCAGUUGAAAGUUUAAAGCCCAGUUUAUCAAAACUGCUAUGAGGUAUGUGCAGCAUUUUCUUAAGCUUGGUCAGCUUUUAGGUGGUAUGUAUGUGAGUGAUCUAAAGCACCAGUCUGUCUCAUUGGUUGACAUACAAAGCUUACAGUACUCUAUCUAUUGUAUGCUGUGGUCCUUGUAUGCAGCAUGCAGAGAAAUACUGUGUUUAUUUGUAUAUAGUAGUAGCACUGUGGCUAUAUCACAUUAACCUGAAUCUAAGGCAAUCAUAUGCAUAGAAUUGAAAAGUAAAAUAUAUUAUUUUUCGAACAGGAUUAUACAACAAUAUAUUUCCCUUGCUAAAGCCAUAUUUUAUGGCAACUGAAUGGUUGUUUAUUUAGUGUAAUUUCAAACAUUACUUUAACAUUUAUGUAGAGAAUUCUGGAAGCAUUUCCCUCUAGUUGAAAUUGCUGAAUGAACAGAAGCACCUAUGGAGAUGUAAGGCUGCUCAUUCAGAAGGUGGCAGUACCUUGAUAAGUUACCAAAUAAAUAAAUAAACACAUGCUAAAAGAUAAAACAGAGAGACCGGAAUCGCGAGGGAAAAAAAUACAAUUUUACUGGAUCCCAGGGCACUGCAGAGUGGAAGUUAAUGAGAGGGCCGACUUGGAGGCAAAGCAAGCAGUCAAAGAAGGUAGAGAUAGUCAAUUACUGUUACCAGUAGCAGAUCUUAAAACCCAGUGGAAAAAGAAAGGCAAGGAAGAACUUAACAGUUUUUGUGAAAACACCAAACGGGACAGAGGAGAAAGCUACUUUGAAAGGUACUACAGGAAAGGCUCGUCUCCAUGGUUUCGACAGAUAAAAAGGAACUGCCACACCUUCAUGUCAGUAAACUGUAUGAGAGCCGGACACACCAGUCUUAAAGCAAGCCUAAACAGAUUUAACAUUGUGUCCACCGCCGAAUGUGAAUGUGGUAACAGUGGCGGGGCUACCGCUAUUAUAGAA